AAUUUGAAGAUAAUAAAAAUAUAAAUAAUAAAGAUUAUAAUAAAAAUAUUGGUAAAGACAAUAAUAGAGAUAUUGUUAAAAAUAAUUAUAGAGAUAUUGGUAAAGUCAAUGAUAGAAAUAUUAGUGAAGACAAUAAUAGAGAUAUUGUUAGUAAAGAGAUAAUAGUAAAGAUAAUAUAG